UGAGUCGCGUCGCGCUGCUGCGCCCGCCCCAGCUGGGGCCGAAGAUGGAGUGGCGGCGGGGUUUGUCCUCGAGACUUCCGUGGAUCUGGGGGCAAACGCGCCGACAGUUCGGACGCGGGUCUGGCUGGUUUUGCUUCGUCUUAUUGCAUUUUAUUACUAAUUAAAAAGCUUUGCGUUCACCGUCGCCCCAGCCCGCUUUCCUCCUGGCUCUUCCCUCCGCCCCUGCCCCUGGCCCGCGAUCGCCCGAACCCGGCUCCUUCGAAGCCCCCUUCGGGCCCCGCCGCCCCCCUCGGGCCUCCCCGGCCCCCGCCUCCGCCCCCACCCCGCCCCCACCCCUUCGCCCCCACCCAACCGCUCUAGCUUCGGGCUCCGCGGCUCAAAAACAACAGCGGCAGCGCCGCCAGUUCCGCGCUCCGCCACUGCCCGGGCCGGCGGGCGGGACUCGGACCCGCCGCCCUCGGUCCCGCACGGAGCCGCAGGGAGCAGCGCGCCGGGCACUGGGGAGGCGGCGCCGGGGCAGCCGUCCCAGCGCCGGGCGCCCUGCACCUCGCCGCCUCGGGCGGGCCCGCUCUCUCCUGCCUCCGCGGCCCCAGGUGAGUACCCAACGGCGCGAGCGCCCGAGCUGGGCCACCUCGAGCGACCGGAGCCUCUGGGGACACGUCCCCCUCGCCUCGCGCGGCCCAGGUGCGUCUCGGGCGGGAGAGCCGGCGGAGGAGCAGGUGCCGGAGCGCUGGCGGGAGCCGACUGGGCGUUGCUUCUGCCCCACAGCCCUCAAAUUCGGCGGUGCGGCGGCGGAGGGGCAGGCUGGGCGCAGGCAGUGUGUUUCGGGCCCAGGGGCCUGGAGGGGACGGUGAGAACUGCUCAUUCGAGUAUAUCUGGGAUUCGAGAAGGAAUUGGAAGCAAACGGAGGCGCUGACCCCCGCGCUCUUUCAAGUACCAGGGUUCUGCCAGGCUGCGGGACUUGGAGCUGCCAGAGAGUCUCCCUGAGCCGGGGAGGAGUUGUGUGCGCGGUGCGGGGUCUCUGCCGCCCUGGGUGGGCUCUGGGCCGUGCCCCUCCCCUUUGUUGUGCAGUGAGACCAGUGGCGCCUCCGCUGGGACCUACAUUCGGAACCCCGCGCCCUCGCCAUCAAAGAGGUGAAAUGGCAAUGUCCAAGGAGCUGACCCCGAGACUCCGGGGUCCUAGCAGAGGCGCCCCGAUGCCGAGGGGCGCAUGGCCCACGCUACCCCAGAGGAAAGCCCGACGGAGCCGGGCUUGUCCAAAGCCGGCGGCGGUAGCGCGCUGGGCCUUCCACCCUGGCCUCUCCGCCGUCCUCAGCCACUUCCCUGCCGAGAUUCGAACCCCGACGGAGCCCCCACUGCUGGGGGGUGGGGUGUCCAGGCUUGCGCCCGCCCGCUUGCUGCCCUGGACGGAGAAGGCGCUCUCUGCCCAGCCGGGAUGCCCACUGACCGCCGCCUCUGUUGUUUCCGGCCCUCGGUGGCAGCCAGCAGGACCCGAGGUCAGGAAGGCCCAGCCUCUUCUGGGGGUGCCCCAGCUCACUCAGGCCCUCUCUGUGCUCCCUCCCUCAGCUCAUGCGGUGAUGAAAAUUGUGGAGCAGCCUCCAGACUCUGGGACUGCACCCUUGCCGGGGCCCAGGAGAGGAGGGCUGGCGUCCGGGGAGAGGGCCUGUCUGUGCUGUCUCUGGCCGGUGUGCCCUAGGGCCCUGGAGGGUGGGGAGGACUACAGCUCCGAGCCUGCCUGGGGAGGGGUAAGCUAGCGAUCAAGGGUGACCAGGAAGACAGCCGAGGUGCCGACACCCCCAGGGUGCUCUCUCGAAUCAGCCCCAUCAGCUUGAGAAGCCCGGGCGGGCCGUCCCCAAGGCCAUGGCCCUGGCCGAGGUUGGGUCCCGGCCUGGCCAGGCCCUGCCCCCGCGUGGUGAGACUUAGACCUGACGGAGAGCAGGUCAGGCCUCAGGGAGAGUCCUGAGGAGCAAAAGGGUGGAGCAGGGAAAAUCAGAUGCGGGUCCUCCGGGGCACCCAGCUCUGUGUCCUGCCCCACCGCGGACAUUAAGAGACUUGGGGAAACAGGUUGGGCCAGGGGGGGCUCAGCCAGAAUAGGGCAGUUUUCAUUUCAAUGGUACUAAAAGGUUUAAAGGCUGUUUUCAAACUGAGCUAAGCUUUGGGGAUUCUUGUGGCCAGGCCGAAGCUGGGACCUGGGGACUCCGCACUGGGGUGGGAGUAUGCAAGUGCCGCCCACCCCGUCCCUGGUGCCCUCCUCAGGGGCUUCUGUCCCUGCCAGACUGUCCAAGGCUGGUGACGUGUGGGUCGGCCACAGUGAUGUGCUCUACACCCUAUGGCGUUUGGGAACAGACUUCAAUGCUGCGGUCUAGGGGGCGGGACGGGGGACUUCCACCACCAACUUCUGCCGCAACCUAGAAUCCUGCUUCAGGCCAGAGCUCAGCACACUCCCAGCCUCACCAGCAAGCAGGGAGGCGCAGCUGGAGACCCAAGACCAGAUGAACUCCUUUGAGAAAAGGCUGGGCUCGGGAGAGAGCACGUGACGUUGCUCCUGCAGGGCUAUCGUAAGCCUCACUGUGGGCCCCAGGGCUCCCAAGAAGCCCAUUUGUAAUAAACCACACUGGGGUAUCGUGCACUCCCAGCGUCCAAACUGCGGGGCUAGAGGGUCCCUUUGCUCGGCCAGGAAAGGGCCCCAUGCCAACUGGAAGAGGCCCUGCCUGUGGAGAGGAGGUCCACAUCGUGAGGUCUGUGGGCCUGGAGGUGCAGGGUCAGAGCCGUCCAGCCGCCCAGCGCAGGACCUCAGGCCCAGGGAGCCCCUCUGCAGACUGUGGCUGCGGGGUGGGAACAGGCAGCCAACGGGCCAGAUGCACUGACUCCGCUAGGUUCCCGCUGCUUUCCUCCACGUUCCGCUCGGUGUUCACUGAACUUGGCCACUGGCUCCAGGCACUCAGUCUCCUGGCUCCAUCGGGUGACAGGUCACAUUGGGUGACAGGUCACAUCGGGUGACAGGUCAAGUUCUGUUCACCCUCCAGUUUCUGCUCAGAGAAGAAUAGCUGAGAGAAUAAAAGCAGGCUCCGUUCGCUGACAUGGGGACUCCUCUCAGGAGACCCGGAAUUGCCCCAGGAGGUGUCCAGACCACCAGUUCUCGCCCCACCCCCGACUUGGGGCCACCGAGUCAGGCCGAGAUGGGGGUCUCCCUCCCUGGGCACAUUCUGCCCCACACUAGGUGGAAAUGGCCCCCAUUAGAGCAGCAGCAGGAGACCACGCGGGAUGCUUGGGGACAAGCAGUAUGGUUCCCACUGCACACAGAAGAGAGCGGACAUGGUCUCUGUGGCCAGCAGGGGACCCAGUCGGGGGCUGAAUGCAGAGGGCUUCCAGCCUGGGGUGAACAGUGUUUGGUCCAGCAUGGGGUGGGGGGCACAGGCAACCCACAGAGCCCUUUCCUCCCCAGCCGGGCCUCCACACUGGCCCCACGGUGGGUGCUGCCCCAGCACCGCACCUCAGCCCCAGACUGGGGACAGGAGCCUCCCUGGACCCUGGGGUUAGUAUUUCAGACCUCCUUUUGCCCCUCUUCCUACCCCAGGCCCAGAGACACUCGCUGUGACCCAGGUAAGUUUAGAGGCCAGAAGCACACAGGACCCGAUUUCUGGCCAGCGAGUUCAGAAGCUAUGUGGCGACUCAGAGCGGAGGCCUCCUGGCACCCACACCCAGUCCCUGGUUCUGGAGUGGGUCGUAGAGAGGGUUGGGACGCUCCCAACCAAGACUUCCCAGGAAUGUGAGCCAUGUAGCUGAUUUCGAACAAACCCCAGAUGUUUAGAAGCCUACUUCCUUCUCAGGCAGGAGGACGCUCUCUCUUGUAGACCGGCAGCCUCUUGGGAGGGCUCCGGUGAUUUCUCUGCCGCGAUCUUGGAGUCCUGGCUAAGGCCACCAUCUUGCAGGAGCGCAGAUGCUCAUAAGGGGCACCUGGGGUCUGCCACGUGCUUUGGGGGGAUGUGAUGAGUUUUGUUUUCUUUUUUUUAAUUUAAGAGAUUGAGGCUGUGGGCUUGAACUCCCUCGUUUGAGCCAGGUGGGAGUUGACUCCAGUAUCUCGGCCCAAACCGGCACCCCAAGAAGCGCAGGAAGUCCCUGGCGACUCGUUCGCCGCAGCGCGCAAAGCGGGCGGGACUCAGCGGCUAAGUCCCGGGGCUCCAGCAACCGCGCGCGGGCUCCGGCUCCGGCCUCGGCCGCCGAGAGCAGUAAACGGAAUCGGUUUCCCACGCUUUCCCUCUCCAUGCCAGAACUUUUCAAAACCCGCUUAAGAAUUCCGUCGUCCAAUUUGCGCGGAUCCUGAGCCUCGCGUUCACCCCGCCGCGCCUGGAGAGAGGACCCUCGCGCCGCCCGCACCCCCGGGCCGCCCGCCCGCGCACGUGGGGAGCAACUUCGUUCCCCUCAGCGCCCUGGCCCUGCGGCGCGGGCAGAGCUCCGCCCCGCAGAGGUGGCACUGCGGUCGCUCCGGAACGCUGCCCGCGUAGACGCGGCCGCCGCCUCCUGCUCCAGGUUCCGGCUGCGCGCAGGCAGGGCCCUGUGGCAACAACGAAAACGGAGAGCCGCGUCGCUUUCCGGGCGUCCGAGUCCCGGGAGCCUCUGGGUGGGAGCCCGCCCUCCGCGUCCCCAGACGUCUCAGAGCCAAGCAGACUCCGCGAUCCACACCUGGGCUUGCCAAGCCCUCUCCUCUGCGUCCUCUGAACCUUGGUCCCUGCCCCUACACCCCGACCCCGUUAGUCUGUAAACCAAAUUUCGCCUUUGGUCCUGCCGCCUCCUCCCGACGUAACCGUGGAGGAGGAUUUCUUCACGCCUCAGUUUCCGCAUCUGUGCAGUGGGGCAAAAUACUCCUGCGCCCCUCCCAGGGUUGAUGUGGGAUUGAUAGGGAGAGCAGAGGAUGGAAAACGCCCAGAGGGGCCCAGCGCUGCCCACCUUUUGGGGCUCAGAGGUCGUGCCCAGACUGCAAGGGGCCCAAGGUUGCUCUUGAGCGAUCGCUGCCCUCCCCCUUUUCUCCCCCCGCCCCCACCCCAGAACUCCCCUCCCCCCGGCGCGGUGGCGGAGGUGCGAGGGUCCCUCUCGGCGCCCAAGCGCCUCCAGUCUCUGCUCUGUCCCUGGACAGGGUUUCCCUCGCCCUGGGCGGUUCUCUCAGUUUCCUUUGGGGCCCAGGGAGGUUUAACACAACAGGCUCCAACUCUCGGGGUGGUACCACCGGGCACCCAAAAUCUCACAGAGGGUGGGUGCUGGGGAUGCCGGGGGAGGGGAGACAGGCGAUAGAAGCCCUGAUUCCAGGUGAGCUCGCAGAAGGGAAUUUGCCCCCGUCCCUCUCCCUCCCCGCGCCGCGGGGUGUCGGGCUUCUGGGCGGGACCCUGGGGCGUGACCUAGGGCUUAGAGAUCAGCCUUAAACUAGCCCAGCUAGUGGUGAGG